UUCAAACCCCAGCAACUACCGCGCAAAUGUCGAGCGUUGAUGCCACUCGAGCGAUCGGAAGACGUUCCGGUGUGGUCGUGCGCAAGGAUGUCCGACGGGAUUCCGACGGCUUCGAGGAUAUUGACGACUUCUGGGACGAUGACGAUUCGUCUGCUGCGAACGAUUCGACCACAGACAUCCAACGUCCUGGCGACGCAUUUGAGUUCACUGGUCGUGCCGGGAAGUCGCCGGCGACGAAAUCUGUGCUGAGGACACCCAAGAAAGCAUCAGACCCUGGGCCGAACGUCCAUCGCAAUUCCGACGGAUUCGAUGACAUCGACGAGUUUUGGGUGCAAGCCGGCGCGUCGGCGAACACUACAUCCCCCAGUGGUCCUCGUGCAAACGAAAGCGGCGAACUUGGCGGCACUGAUCUCGAAGCGUCAAGCACCCUUCCCGAGCCUGAGAAGACUGCGCCUCCGACUCUCCCCAAGAAGCACACGCAUCUCAAUCGCCGCCAGAGACGGAAUACAUUCGGGAGUGCUCCUCCAUCGUCUGGCCAAGACGAGAACGACAGAGUCCAGCAAGGAGUAGCCACGUCCCAACCGGUCCCAGCGUCGCGCACUGCUAUCACCCCUCCAUUUGCAAGACGCUCCAAGUUCCCAAGCAGCACACCCCCAGCAGGACCGCAACCAUCGCCUCCCACGGACGACACCACGCCCGUAUCGACGACGAGUAGCGCUGUCAUCGGUGGGGUCGCCAUAAAGGACGAACCAGCUCCAUCCCCUGUGCGAGAUGAGUUUUCAUUUGGCAACAUGUCAUCUCCUGCAUCGACGGUCAAGAGUUUGGACCUGGACUCCCCCGCCACGAAUAGCUUCAUGGCGGCAGGUCUUACGCCGUCGGCAUCCCGCCGCCAUCCUACUCAAAACAUCGAGCGGACGCCAUCGCCGACGCCGACUCUGGUUCGAGACACACCGACUUCUCGGCUCAGCGACACGGACCGCUCCAUGGCGGUAUCUGAACAACAUGACGAACGAGAGGCCGACGAUGCUGCGCCAUCGAGGCCGUCCCCACGGGGAGGGAUUCCACGCCGAAGUGCUCCACCAAAGCAGGCAUCUCCGCCGCGUAUGUCGGCCGUAGACUUCGAUGGCCGAGAGUCGAACCAUAGCCCACCAUCAUCCCCAGUAUCCCCGUCGUCGUCGUAUGCUGGAAACCGUGACUCUGUUGGUCGUGGGACAAAUGACUUGGAUGAAUCUCGCUUUCUCGACGAUCACGAUGUCGACGACGAAGAAGACGUGAUGCCCAAAGUCCCCACUUCUCGUCAAACAACUUCACCGUCGAGGCGUGAAGUCGCGUCCCCCCGUCCACACAAAUCAAAAAACUCGAUAUCUGAAGACGCCCAUGGUAUCAUGAAGACCCCGCAAAAGAAGCGCAAACAUCGAGUAGUGGACCGACAAGAGUUUGAGUUUGGCAUGGCUUCUCCCCACGACGACGACCCGUUCGAAGGCAACUUGACGCCUAUUGCCCAUGCCGAAGAUCAUACGUUGUACACGCCUCCGUCGAGCCCAACGAAGCAACAGUUGCAGAAACCCAAGCAAACCAAAACACUCAAAUCUGUCGGCAAAAAAGCCAAACCACGUUCGAACCGCCGUCGAAAGGCGAGCGCGGACGCGGGGUCGGACGUUGAGUCGUCAUUUGCACUGACGGAUCAGUCACGCAUGGACUCGGAAUCGGAGCACUCGGACGUCGAUGUGACGGUGCUCAGCAACGCCGACGCCAUCCGCCGCGACUCGGACAGCGACGGGGAUGGCCGAGGGGUGCGUCGCUCCAAGCGGCGCCGCAUUAAGCCACUCGAAUGGUACAAAUGCGAGCGGCCAGUGUACGAGCGACGGCAGAGCGGCGUGGGGCUGAUCCUCCCGACCAUUUCGCACGUCGAGCGCGCCGGCACCAAGACCCCCGUCAAGCUCAAGCCGCACAAGUCAUCGUACCAGUCCAAGACGACGCCGUUCCCCACGGCGGACCUCCCGUCCGAGUUUUCCUACUUGGCUACCGACACGGGCGACAUUUGGGACGAACUGCACGACGACGCCACGAAGAUGCGCGUGAUUGGCCGCAGCAAGUCGUCGCAGGUGUUUGCGCUCCCGGGCGUCCAGGGGUUCCCGUGUGGGUAUGCCGGCCAAACGUUCAACCUGCCGGGCGGGCCCACGCUGCCGACGUGGAUCUCGGGACGCCUGCUGCUGCCCCCGAGUGGCGUCAAGCAGCCCGAAAGUGUCGGCAACUGCACGCAGUCGUUCGUGGUGCUGCAGUGCCAGCCAGGAGCCCUCGAAGUGGCGUACGCACACCCGUCCGAAGGCGAGUACAACGACGAGACAGCGCAGCGGUUUCUCCUUAGCCAAGGGGACGAGUACUUUGUGCCGCCCAACAACGCGUACUACCUUCGCAACCACUCCAAGAGCGUCGAGGCCGAGUUGCGGUUCACCAUCAUGAAGCCGUCGCGGCUGCAGGUGGCCGAGGCGGGAACGACGAGUGGCAACAAGAAGACGAAAAAAGCCAAAAUAAAUUAGAGUUCAUCUAGUAUGUAGUUGCAUGUAAAUGAUCCAGCGAUAUUCGCAAGUCCAAAUGGUUGUCGUACGCGCACAUGUUGUCAAAGCUCAUAAACGCCAGGUCCACUUGCUUCAAGAUGUCCCCGAUGUCGGGGUGUUCGAUGAACUUGAGCGUCUUGGCGAGGAGCGCCGUCUCGGGAAUCACAUGCACGGCGGCGUGGCAUGCGUCCCGCUCCGCCAACGAGUCCCCCACCGAGAUGAGACUGUGAUUGCCCCACCCCGGGCGGUUCCCGAAGCAUUUCGACGCGAUCAUCCCGAGCGUCUCGAGUUUCCACCGCCGCGCGUCGCCGCCACUGCCAAAUGUUCGUUCGAACCAACUGCGCGCGGACACGAUGUGAAUUUCGUCCGACAUUUUCAGCAAGUUGUUGACCGCGGGCAGGUACAACGAACACGCAAUCUCGACCCAUCCCGUUUCGGCUGCAGUCACGACAAAGACUGGGCCGUACGUCAAGGCUUUGGUCAGAAGCGCACAAAUGCGCACUUCGAGAGCAGCGAGCACUUGGCGAACAAGUGCGCUCAACGCAACAUUGUGUCCCCUGUAGGCGGGAAGGAGGCCUUGACUAUGCAGCCACGUGCUUGGACACAAGGUGUCGUCCCAGUCAAACACCGCCACCGUCCUGUCCCGACUGGGACACCCCAUCUGGAACGCAUGCUCCUGCUGCUGGAACUCUCCGUCACAAAGCGACGAGCGCACGAGUUCGGAGUAGUACAUCGCGGCAGUCUCGUUGGGAUGACCAAAAUUG